CUCUCUAUAACGCACAGAAUAAAUUAUAGGAGUAGGAAUGUAUUUAUUCAGCGCUGAGGGGCAUGGGGCAUAGCUCCUCCCAAAACACGCACACCUUCGGCGACCUGCACCUCUCUUUUUGCUCUCUACAAACUAGGAUUGUACAAUACACUUAAUACAUAUUCAUUGCCUGACCCCGCUUCAUAUUAAAUUAGCUACACGCCUUUUGCGGCUGCACACUGCUCCUUGAGAUGAAGCAAACAGUCUUCCUCUCAGUUGAACUUUUCAUCUUCUCUCCUUGCAUAUAUUCUUUUUAGUCCUCUGGUCAUCUUCCGGACUUUCAUACCAGUUUUCCUGGCUCCAGGGAUCUGGACAAUCCCCCUUAUCCUGUAGUGCCUUUGUCCUUGCAUCCUGUCUGCCCACUCCAGCUCUUUAUCUUAUCCCGUAGCCUUGCUCUCCCCCUGUUCUUGUAAGCACCGUAAGUUCCAGCAAACAUAGGGUUUUGUCAGCCCCCUUCUAGUCAAAGCAUUUCUCGACGCUCGACUCCUAAUUCUCAGUUUCUCUGUCUCCCCUGCAGGCUCAGGGGCUGCUGCCCCCUCCCCAACAGCCGCUGCUGCGGCGGCCGCGGGGCACAGGGGGUGGCAAAGCGGGGUCCGGGAUGAGAGCGGGGGAGCAGCGGGAGGAAGAGGCGGAGAGAGGAAGGGCAGGGGAGAGGAAGGGGAGGUGCAGGAGCAGGAGGAGCAGGGAGAGGAGCCGCGGGCGCAGGCGGAGAGUGGCGGUGCUCCAGGGCGAGCCCGCUGAGCCCGCAGCUCCGCUGGCCCCGGCAGCAUCGCAUUCGUGCAUCCCGCGGGUGGAGGAAAAGGCUGUGAGGAACAGGAAGGUGCCGCAGCAGAAAUUCAUGGAAGAGGCUGUUUGGAGCGGCUCCACGAUGCAGGAAUCCAAUGGGGAGGAAAAGCCUCGGAGAUCCUGCAUGAGGAGGGGCUCCAAACCCAGCCCAGGAGGCUCUCAGGUGGGUAGACCCAGCCUGUGCCAAGAAGGCAGCCAGAGAUCUGGCCAGAGCUCUGACCUGAGGGUCCAUGAGCAGCUUCAUGAAGGAAAGAAGCCCCUUCAGUGCUUGGAAUGUGGGAAGAAUUUCCGCACAAGCUCCCACCUGAAACGUCACCAGAUGAUCCACACCGGGGAACGGCCCUACAAGUGUGGGAAAUGUGGGAAGGGAUUCAGAGACACCUCCGACCCCGGGGAACGGCCCUACGAGUGUGGGGAAUGUGGGAAGGGAUUCAGCUCCAGCUCCAGCCUGAUCAUCCACCAGAGGACCCACACCGGGGAACGGCCCUAUGAUUGUGGGGAAUGUGGGAAGGGCUUCAGAAACACCUCCGACCUGAUCCGCCACCAGACAGUGCACACUGGGGAACGGCCCUACGAGUGUGGGGAAUGUGGGAAGGGAUUCAGCUGCAGCUCCAGCCUGAUUGUCCACCAGAGAAACCACACUGGGGAACGGCCCUACGAGUGUGGGGAAUGUGGGAAGGGAUUCAGCUGCAGCUCCAGCCUGAUUGUCCACCAGAGAAACCACACUGGGGAACGGCCCUACGAGUGUGGGGAAUGUGGGAAGGGAUUCAGCUGCAGCUCCAGCCUGAUUGUCCACCAGAGAAACCACACUGGGGAACGGCCCUACGAGUGUGGGGAAUGUGGGAAGGGAUUCAGCUGCAGCUCCAGCCUGAUUGUCCACCAGAGAAACCACACUGGGGAACGGCCCUACGAGUGUGGGGAAUGUGGGAAGAGCUUCAGCCAGAGCUCCAGUUUGCUGUACCACCGGAGGAUCCACACUGGGGAACGGCCCUACGAGUGUGGGGAAUGUGGGAAGAGCUUCAGCCAGAGCUCCAGUUUGCUGUACCACCGGAGGAUCCACACUGGGGAACGGCCCUACGAGUGUGGGGAAUGUGGGAAGAGCUUCAGCCAGAGCUCCAGUUUGCUGUACCACCGGAGGAUCCACACUGGGGAACGGCCCUACGAGUGUGGGGAAUGUGGGAAGAGCUUCAGCCAGAGCUCCAGUUUGCUGUACCACCGGAGGAUCCACACUGGGGAACGGCCCUACGAGUGUGGGGAAUGUGGGAAGAGCUUCAGCCAGAGCUCCAGUUUGCUGUACCACCGGAGGAUCCACACUGGGGAACGGCCCUACGAGUGUGGGGAAUGUGGGAAGAGCUUCAGCCAGAGCUCCAGUUUGAUCUACCACCAGAGGAUCCACACUGGGGAACGGCCCUACAAGUGUGAGGAAUGUGGAAAGGGAUUCAGAAACACCUCCGACCUGAUCCGCCACCAGACAGUGCACACUGGGGAACGGCCCUACGAGUGUGCAGAAUGUGGGAAGGCAUUCAGCUGCAGCUCCAGCCUGAUCAUCCAUCAGAGAAACCACACUGGGGAACGGCCCUACGAGUGUGGGGAAUGUGGGAAGAGCUUCAGCCAGAGCUCCAGUUUGCUGUACCACCGGAGGAUCCACACUGGGGAACGGCCCUACGAGUGUGGGGAAUGUGGGUUGAGCUUCAGGAUGCGCUCCCAACUCAUCCACCACCAGAGGAUCCACACUGGGGUACGACCCUAUGUGUGUGGGGAAUGUGGGAAGAGCUUCUUCCUGAGCUCCAGUUUGACCCACCACCAGAUGAUCCACACUGGUGAACGGCCCUACAAGUGUGGGGAAUGUGGGAUGGGGUUCAGGAAGAGCUCCAACCUCACCUGCCACCAGAGGAUCCACACUGGGGUACGACCCUAUGUGUGUGGGGAAUGUGGGAAGGGCUGCAGAACCACCUCCGACCUCAUCCGACACCAGACAGUGCACAGUGGUGAACGGCCCUACGAGUGUGGGGAAUGUGGGAAGGGAUUCAGAGACACCUCCGGCCUGAUCCGCCACCAGACAGUGCACACUGGGGAACGGCCCUACGAGUGUGGAGAGUGUGGGAAAGGAUUCAGCUGCAGCUCCAACCUGAUUGUCCACCAGAGGAUCCACUCUGGUGCACGGCCCUAUGAAUGCUUUGAAUGUGGGAAGAGCUUCAGCCAGAGCUCCAACCUGAUCUUCCCGCGGCCCUAUGAAUGCUGUGAAUGUGGGAAGAGCUUCAGCCAGAGCUCCAACCUGAUCUUCCACCAGAGGAUCCACACUGGGGAACGGCCUUAUGAGUGUGGGGAAUGUGGGAAGGGAUUCCGCAACAGCUUCAGUUUAAUCCGCCACCAGAGGAUCCACACUGGGCAGAAGCCCUAUGUGUGUGGGGAAUGUGGGAAGACCUUCACUGUGAGGUCCAGUUUGAUCCGCCACCAGAUGAUC